AUGCUUCAUUCAUUCACCACAUAGCCUGGGAACAAACACAAGCACAAACACAGAGAGAUAAAAAGAAGAAGACAGUAAUUAUGGCGUAUCUCUAGAGACUUGAUUCUCUUUCUUUCUCUCUCUCUCUCUGCAAAACCCUAUUUAAAUAUCACCUUGGAUUUCUGCUUUCUCCCAUGCAAUUGUCUUCUCUCUUUCUUCUUUCUCAUAUCUCCAUAACUUGAUUGUCUCUCCACUUGACUGGUUAUAUAUCUUUUCUCCUGAGUUCACUCAUAGUUACAGUGUUUGUAAUAAAAGAUGUCUGGCAGAAGGUCAAGAUCAAGGCAGUCCGAAGCAUCAAGGAUCACUGAUGAUCAGAUCAAUGAUCUUGUUUCCAAGUUACAACAACUUCUUCCUGAGCUUCGCAAUAGCCGCUCUGACAAGGUUUCAGCGGCCAAAGUGUUACAAGAAACAUGCAAUUAUAUUAGAAACUUGCACAGAGAGGUUGAUGAUCUCAGUGAAAGACUUUCUGAGCUAUUGGCGACAACUGACACUGCUCAAGCUGCUAUAAUCCGGAAUUUACUUAUGCAAUAGUUGUGCAUAUAUACUGCUACUGCUAA